CCUUCUAAUCCAAGCCACCUUUUACUUUUCCGGAGACCAAAAAGAAACAAAAAAUUGAACAACUUGAUGACCCAAUAUAAUAAUAACAUAAGGUAACGCGCUGCAGCCUUUGAUCUUAUCUUUUUGUUUUCUGAUGUGGUGUGCUCUGAAAAAGUCCGUGUGAUAUUCAGUUUCUUACCCACCUUCCUCUCUAACGCAACUCAACUUGUCGCUGACCACUACAAAAACCAUUCCCUUCUUUCUUUAACCCACUUACCAUUAUCUCAUAAACCGUAGCACCUUCAUCUAAAAUUUUGAUUUUUUAAUUACAAGGUUGUGUGCUUUUUCAUUUUUUUAUAGAUUCUGUAGUUAGAGAUGAGGAAGGGGAAACAGCAGAAGCAGAACAAGUUGGUGUGGAUCAUAACAACACCAAUAAGAGUUUUGGGGAAAGCAAGGGACAUGUAUGUUCGAAGCAUAACGAAGUGCGGUCACAGCAUGAACUAUAGCAACCCCGUUGAUGCUGCUGGCAGAUUCGAGGCUUUGCCCAGAAGCUACAGUGCUGCCACGUCACGCUCUGAUAACGAGGAUUUUGCCGAGCUUCUGAGAGCAGCUUCCGCCAGGACUUUGGUCAACAGAAUUGAUGUCGAUUUGGCCCUCAAACAGCAGGCAUCGGCCCAGCCCGUUUCGUCGAAUGGGUUGCCCAAGUCCACCAGUGUUGGUAUGGGCCGGAUCGAUGAGGAUAAGCCUUUUGAUUUGGGUGAAGGGGGUCUUAAUGGUAUGCCCAAUUCGUAUCCCAGAAGUAGAAGCUACGCUGUUGGAAAGACUAGUGGUGUUUUGUGAAUUCUGAUUUGAUUCAAUUUCUCUGAAUGAAUGAAUGAAGGAAUGCGUUCUCAGAGAGAUGUUCAUUUCUGAGGAUUUGAUUGAUAUUUUAUUUAAUUGGAAUAUCUUGUGAUUUGGUUUUUCAUUUUGGGUGGUCUGUAAAUUGAAAGGAAUGUUUUGCGUAACAAUUUUGAUAUAUAAACAUUGCAACAGUAUUAAUAUUUGUUUAAUAUACAAUGUUUAUGAACUAUUUUUCAUUGUGUGAAGUGUUUUUUUUUUCUCAGUGUCUCUCUAAUAGAAAUGCCGAGUAAAAAUACCUUAGAAACAAACGCAAAGCAUGCUUAAUGUUUUUGUUUAACAAUUAAACAAAUAGUUGAUGGUAAUUUAAAAUGUUUCUAU